AUGGCAUUUUCAAUUUCUGAAUUCCUGCGCAAUAGGCGAAUUCAAGCAUCCUCAUCGCUACUACACUCGUCGCGUGAUCCCUCGUCUCGUUCGUCAAGCCCCAAUCCAGAAUUCGACGGCAACCAUGGCACACCAUUUCUUUCAAAAACGAGCACCCGAGGAAGAAGUCGCCAAAAGCUUCGAGUCACACUAUGGAGUAUCGGCAUCACAAUAGUUGUUAUUCUGGGAUAUCGUCUCUUGCUCCCUCAACUCCUCCGUUUCCGAUUUCGCUCAGAUCUCACUUGGUACGACAUUGGCCUUUACGGAUUUUUUCCCACUCAGGGGUAUAACAGCUUCCUAUACGACUCUCCCCUCUUGGGCUUCAUCGAGACGGAUUCCCGAUGUAGUCGCGACUAUUUCUUCUUUGCGCCAAACGGAGAUUCGAUCCAGGAACCAGGGCCAGUGCUUCUUGACGCCGAUGGGGAGCUGGUGUGGCAAUUGUCAGAGGGCUUGGAUGGAGUGACGCAGGACUUUAGAGUGCAGCGAUAUAAAGAUGAAGACUUUUUGACUUUUUGGGUUGGCCAUGAGAUUGAUGGGAGGAAACAGGGCUACUGGUAUAUGCUCGACUCCUCUUACAGUCUCCGGUACACGAUUUCCCCAGGUGGGAAUUUUACAACAGGAGAUAUGCAUGAAUUUCAUCUCACCCCCGAUGGGACGGCGUUGGUCGUGGUAUACGACCCCGUUCCCGCAGAUUUAAGCGCGAUUGGAGGGGCGCGUGAUGGCUGGAUUCUGGAUGGAGUUGUGCAAGAGCUUGAUAUUGAGACAGGCGAAACUCGCUUUGAGUGGCGUGCAUCCGAGCACUUCGCCGUCGAAGAUACAUUCCAUGGCAUGGCUGGUUGCCACGAAACACAUGCUGCCGCCUUUUCAGGGUGCGGGAACGAACCGACUUCUGCUUUCGACUUUUUCCAUCUGAACAGCGUGGAAAAGAGCUCUUCCGGGAACUUCCUAAUAUCGAGUCGGUAUACCCACACUAUUAGCGAGGUAAAUGGUAUUGAUGGCAGCGUUUUGUGGACCUUGGGAGGAAAAUCCAACAACUUCAAAGACCUUUCUGCCGAUGGAUCCGCGACUGGUAUCUCUUGGCAACAUCAUGCCCGUUGGUAUGGUGAUAGCAGUAUCACAUUAUUCGACAAUGCUGUCGAGGACAACUCCGACCCAUCUUUGGAGAGCCGAGGGCUCAUCAUCGACUUGGAUAUCGAGAAACGAGAAGCGAAUCUACGAGUGGCAUUCUCACACCCCCAACGAAUGGAAGCCGUAUCACUAGGGAGCACGCAAGUGCUAGAAGAAAGCGGAAAUAUUUUCAUUGGCUGGGGCCAUAGUGCCGCCUUUACCGAAUUCGCGCCGGAUGGUAGCGUACUAUGCGAUAUGCACUACGGCCCAUCAGCCUGGAACACUUUCGGACGUAUCAAGUCCUACCGAACGUUCCGGGGUAAAUGGAAAGGUUAUCCGACUCAGCCCCCCGAUGUUGCCUUUGUAGAUGAUGCUUUAUACGUCAGCUGGAACGGGGCUACGGAGGUGGAACGUUGGCAGUUAGAAGCCAUUGAAGAGGAUGGCGGAACAUCCCACACCGUAUCUCAGGUGUUUAAGAGUGGAUUUGAGACAGAAAUGAUUAUCCCACAGCACCUUCAGGGAUCAUCAAUACGCGUCCUUGGGCUGGAUUCCAAGGGCAGUAUUCUUGGGUCCUCAGACGUGUUGGAAGUAUCUUCAGAGGAUGGUACAACCGCCAUUCUCCGCAGUAUACUGGUUUUCCCAGUGCUGCUCGUCUUGGUGGGCAUUGUCUGGUUGGCGUUGAGACAGCGACUGAGAAGAGCACCAAGAGGAAGAAAAGACUAUCAACUACUUCCCUUGCGCACUUGA